AUGGUGUAUUUACACUUUCCCUCAAAUUUAACUGAAGAAGAAAAGAUGCUGCAAGACAAAUACAACAAACUAAAGCGAAAGAAAAAAGCGCUCCAGGAUUUAAAAACUCCAAAACCUGAGCCUGAACGGAUGCCCCAGGCGCCAAAACGACCCACUGAAGCGCGAGAUGCUCGAGAAGUCGCCAAAAAAUUAAUUAAAUCUGGAGUAAUAACAGCACCAAAGACUCCCAAGCGUCCAGAGCAGUCAUUCAAACGUCCCCGAGGUUUAGAGAGAAAAUUAAACAGCACAGAGAAGACUAUUUCUUCCUACCAGCCUUUUUGUCCAACGCAGCCCGAAGAAGAGGAAGCUGACGCAGUUGCCAGACCCAGAGUAAAGGGCCUCUACGAGUCUUUCGUCAGCGCGAAGAGCGACAGCAGACCUGUCACAGACAAAAUACCCUCGAAGCCAGACCCUAAGCCUCGUGCUGGGAAUACCAUCUUCGUGUCUGGGUACAAAAUAUCCGAGGACUAUUUAAAGAAACAUUUUACCUGUUUCGGGAAUAUUUUAAAUAUCUCAAUGGAGGCUGAGAAAAACCGUGGUUUCAUUACCUUUGACAAACCAGAAGCAGCGGAGCGUGCAAUAAGCGAGAGGGACGGCAGCAUAGUCUUGUCAAUUCAACUAAAAGUAUCUUUAGCCCGACGACAGCCGGUUAUUGAACCGAUUAAUGACACUACCUCAAGUGCUGUGUGGUCAUCCAUCGCUGCUAAUUACUCACAAAAGAGCGCUCACAAAGAUGCGAGGGACAUGAAAGUUUAUGAUGAAGACUUGUUUCAAUAA